GCCACCCUCUGUCAUGUAAUAUGACUGACACAUCUGCCCUCGCCCGUUGCAACUUGUUCAUUGCAAAUUUUGUAUUUGCCUUGCUUUUAACUAUUACGCUCCCAUUUUCGCUUCAAAUUUCCUUUUCGCGAUGGAAUAACAAAAAUAACAAAAAAAUCAAUACUUCUAUACAAAUGAGCGCUGUAUAUCAACAGCAACAACAAAUGUCUCCAUCACAAAGAUCCCCUAUGUCUCCAUCACAAAGAUCCCCUAUGUCUCCAUCACAAAGAUCCCCUUCAUAUGUGAUGCAAGAAGGUGUAUCUAAAGAUGGUCAACCCGUUCUAGUCUUUCAUAGUAACGGUGAUAAACGAAAUAGUAGAAGAAUGAGUUUAUAUCAUCAACGAUCUAAUAGUAAUGGUUCUACUCCGAAUUUAUUGAAAGAUUCGGAGUCUACAAAAAGUGCCAAGAAUGUUGAGACCCAUGUUGCUGGUGAAAAUGGGAAUAUCAAAAAUGUUGCUAAUUAA